AUGAUACCACUCCCGCUUAAGCAUGCGGUAGUGGUUGUUGAUGAGAAGCUCUACAUUGUUGGUGGAAGCCGUAAUGGCCGAUACUUAUCUGAUGUCCAGGUGUUUGAUCUUAGAAGUUUGACUUGGUCGAGUUUGAAACUGAAAACUGAAUCAUCAAGUACUGAGAACAUUCAAGAGGAUGAUGGUAGCAGUUUACGGGAAGCUUUUCCUGCUAUUUCAGACCACCGCAUGAUUAAGUGGGGAAACAAGCUUCUUUUGAUUGGGGGACACUCCAAGAAGUCAUCAGAUAACAUGUCAGUGCGGUUCAUUGAUUUGGAAACACAUUUAUGUGGAGUCAUUGAUGUGUCUGGGAAUGUUCUGGCUUCACGUGGUGGACAUUCCAUUACACUGGUUGGAUCCCGAGUGCUUGUUUUUGGUGGGGAAGAUAAGAACAUGAGACUUUGUUCACGGACAUGA